AUGGCGACAGAGAAAAGCAAGAUUCUAGUGAUCGGAGGCACUGGUAACAUCGGAAAAUUCAUGGUCGAAGGGAGCGCAAAAGCCGGCAACCCAACAUUUGCUCUUGUCCGAGAAGCCUCUCUCUCCGAUACCGUCAAGGGCAAAACCGUCCAGGGUUUCAAAGAUCUCGGCGUCACAAUAAUUCACGGAGAUUUGGAAGACCACGAGAGCUUAGUGAAAGCAAUAAAACAAGUCGAUGUGGUUAUAUCAACCGUUGGGCGUAUAAGACUUUUAGAUCAAACCAAGAUAAUUUCCGCCAUUAAAGAAGCCGGUAACGUCAAGAGAUUCUUGCCGUCUGAGUUUGGGACGGACCCGGACAAGACAAGUGUGGUUGAGCCGGCAAAUACAUUAGUUUUCGCAGCGAAGAGAGAGAUAAGGAGAGCUGUAGAAGCAGAAGGAAUACCAUACACUUACAUUGUUAACAAUUGCUUUGCCGGAUUUUACGUGUCUUCGUUGGUUCAGUUCGAGCCUCGUCUUACUUCUCCUCCUAGAGACAAAGUCACUAUCUUUGGCGACGGAAAUGCCAAAGUUGUGUUUAACAAGGAGGAAGAUAUUGCUGCUUACGUGAUUAGGGCAGUGGAUGACCCAAGAACUCUUAACAAAACCCUCUAUAUCAAUCCUCCUAAGAACACUCUGUCGAUGAACGAAAUGGUUACCUUGUGGGAGAACAAGAUCGGCAAGUCUCUUGACAAGACUCACAUCUCAGAAGAACAAGUGCUAGAAAACAUCAAAGCGUAUCCGGAUCCGGUUCCCGCCAACAUUCUUCUGUCGAUAAACCACUCGGUGUUUGUGAAAGGAGAUCAGACAAAUUUCAUUAUAGAUCCUGAUUUUGGUGUUGAAGCCACUGAGCUUUACCCUGAUGUGAAGUACACGAGCGUUGAAGAUUACCUUAGUCAAUUCGCUUGA